AUGCAGCAGCAGAUCGAAGCCGAGAUCACUUCGCAACAUGCAGGCGUGUCUAAGAGGUGGUACUGGAUGCAUUUACUCGUGCUUUCGGCAUAUAUUGGUAAUUGGCGCUGGUGUAUCCGCAGUCUGGGCGAGGAGAUCGAGAAGACUGUUGAUAUCGCUCUGACGUUGGAUCUCUCUAAGGCUGAUCAUGAUAAAGACGGGCUCAUCCGACUAUUGACGCCGCAAUAUUUAGGAGACAAGCUCCUACCGCUCUCAUCUAGACUAAAGGUUGCGUUAGAAACCGUUCGCAAGCUAGAUGAAAUCAACACAUUUUUCCAAUCCAAGGGGUUUAUGACUGAUGACGACUCACAACGAUUUGCAAGCGAGAUGGCGUACUACAAAACUACUAUCGAAGGGUACAGUAAAAGCGUGGAAGUACUCGAAGGAAAGGUGAAAGGUAUCUCGGAUCUGUUGGCAGUUGCCCUAAACCUCAAGGGCCAAACUGUAGCCAAUGAAAUUAACGACAAGAUGCUGCAGCUCACUAGCGAGGCAUUCGAAGAUAAUGCUACUGUCCGGGUUGUCACUCUAGUCACCCUUAUCUACCUUCCUGCUAGCUUCGUCUCCGUGAGUCUCAUCCAAUAUGCAUGGUACAUGUCAGCUCUAACAAUACGUGCAGACUCUCCUCGGAAUGAACCUUUUUGA